UUUUUUUUUUUUUCUUUUUCUUUUUUAUUUCCCUCCCCCUUGUGACGCAUUCCUGCAAGCCUGUUACGAUUGUUACGAACAAAUCAAGCGCUCCCCAACUCAAUUUAAAUUGACUUCGUAUCUUGAAUUUCAAAGCGACUUUGUCUUCUCAGCUUUUGUUGUUGUUGUUUAUCAAAAUCAGGUAAGGCGCGUCAUUCCAGCAGCAAGGGAUGUCAACGUCGGAGAUUCUUAUGUUUCAUCCGAACUAUGCGAUGAGGAAACAAGCGGCACUGACAUCUUAACCCAGCGCUUUUUUUCUCCUCACUUGUCUUGGGCUGCAUCACAACAGAAUAAAAAUUCCCGGUCAAGAUGGGUAGUGGUACUGGCCAACGCCCACUUUCCGAAGUGAGUCCAAUGGCUCAACGACGAAACUCGCCUGUCUGGAAUCAGAGCACAAAGGUACGUGAUUACUACUCUUUGUAAGAUGUUUACAGGGCUGACGGUGGUCGCGCAGAUGGCGAGGAACAGUACGGACGCUUACGACGUCAAAGCGUCCCCGCGUCUGUUUUGGCAAGGGCGAGAAUCUGGAUCUCCAUUCCCCAGAACCCAAGAAAACCAAGUCCCUUAUGACCCCGAGUCUCCAUUUUCCAGCUCGAAGCGACCAUCUAUUGAAAACUUGAAGCGGCAGUCGCGCGUCAGGAAUAGCAACAUGCUCCGCGACUAUAACCAGGAGUACGACCCAACAAAUGUCUAUGUACCGCACAGACCCUUAGCUACAACGCGUUCGCCGCAGAAAGAAGCGCAAAGCACACCAACGUCGCAAAUGUCGAACAGGCAAGAAACUGGCCCAGUAGGCCCAAGGCCGCCAUCACCAAGCAAGGAGCAGGCACCUCCAGCCAAGUCGUCUUUGUCCCGUGCAAGCCGUUUUGGCGUUAAGGACAUGGGGUUUGACCCAGAGAACGAAAUCUGGUCUGAUGCGGACAACAGACACGCUAAAAGCGUCACCUUCGAUGCCGCCCCCCCUCAGGUCAACGAGUACGAAAUGACAACACCCGACCCGUCUUCCAUCGCCUCUGAUUCUCGCGAAGGCAGCUAUGAGUCUGAUGAGGACGAGUUCCCGGACAUCAGUUUCGAUCGCGACUCACUAACAGACCGCGAGGAUAGCUUUGAUGCCUCUCUAGAGGACCUUGAGAAGACCCCAGUCGUAUUGCCAGAGGACUGGCGUUACAUGAGUCCAUCCAGCGCAAACGACGAAUUGGUCAAAGAGGACGAAGACCCCUUCACUGAAGAUGAGGAAAGCCAUAAUCCGGAUCCCCGGCCUUCGUCGCGACAAGAGACAUCUGAGAAACAGGCUCCUGUUGAAUCUGUGGACUCAAAUGGCGAGCCUCGCCCCCUUCCUCCUCUCCCAGGGCGUACAUCUUUCCCGCCACAGCCUUCGUCCCCCAGUAAGCUGGCUUCGGCAUUUGAGCUCGGGAGUGGUGGUCAGCGGGUUCUGCCAUCCCCUCCAGGACCAGCUUCCUACAGCAAAUCAGAAAUCACAGAAUUUGGCCAUUCCUCGAUGCCGCUGGAGGACAGGCUGCGCUUGAUGAUGAUACAAGAGAACGGACAGGAGGAUGUUAAACCGGAACAUCAAGAUAUUGAGGUGCAUUCGAAGCAUGAUGAUGACGAACAAGACGGGACUGAACCUCACUCCAAUCAACCAGAGCAGCAGGACACUGAGGCUACAGAUGAAGCUCCCCAAGCUGCCCCAGAGGUCUUUUCACCACCACAUAUUUCCAGGGAUGAUAUCCUGCGUGACCUCCGAAGAAGCGAAAGCUUCAUGGACGACUCGUUUGACGAGUCUUCCCAGAUCCCUUCCAGCCCUCAUUCCUAUAUGAAUUAUGACCCAGAUGUCCCGAUUCCGUCACUUGAAAAUGAUGAUGACAUGCUUGACGACGGCGACGAUUACGAUGACACCAAUAGCGUGAUAAUCAAACAAGAAGAAGAACAUGAAAACGAUCUUUACGACAUCCCCGAUUAUUAUGGAACAAUUCCGUCGAAGGAUUCCUCCUUCAAGAGUCUAAAGGAUAAGCUGACCAGCGAUGACGAGAGCCGGUAUUCCAGCCAGCAGAUGGAGGAUGACUUGACAGAGAAAGGCAGCUCUCGGAAUUCUGACGCAGGAAAGGCCACGCCCGUCCCUGCAGAUCAGGAUGACAAGGCUUUGUGCGAGGCGACACCCCAGGAGACCCAGGCAGAGCCCGCACCGGGCUCCAAAAUGUCAACCAUCAAAGAGGCAUUGCAACGCCCAGUAACCCCCGAGGAUGAUGGCCAAAUCUCAGAGCCCUCAACUCCAGAUUCUGUGAUCCGUCAUCCUAUUGACGAUGAUAGCGAUACAGAAGUUCUACCGGAAGAAAGUGUUCCUGAUCCAAUUGCGACAGUCAAAGCCCCUGGAACGGGUCUUAAAACACGACCGUCAUUGACCCCAGCUGAUUUGGAAUCCAUGGCUGCCACUCGCCGUAGAAUAAGCGGACAACAUCCUCCGCCAAUGCCCGGGCUCACCAAGCAGCAAUCCAACGAAUCUGAGCAUUCCGCUCCCGAGGACACCACCCCAUCCCAGCCUGCGAAAGACGUUUCCCAACGACAAAGCAGUCUUGUGAAGCUGGACAUCCCGUUCAGUAUCCAAGAAGAAAGCCUCGGCUUUGGUUUGGACAAAGAGUUCGACCGCGUCAUUGAAAACCAAAAGAGAGGUUACCUCAUGAGACAUAACACGAAAGUUAUCAUUGCAAGCAGCCGCAAUGAAGACGAGCCUGCCACUGCUCCUGGAGCUGCCCCGGCCGACUCUAGAGGGACAAAGUCGGCUAUACCCACACCCCGGAAAGCAAGCCAGCAAACAUGGACCACUGUGCCUUGGAACGGACAAACUCGCCGUGCAAGCAUUAGGCAAGCUAGCGGAAUCCGCAAGAAGCCUGUUCCUGGACCUGUGCCCCCUCUUCCAGGCCAGCAGAGCAAUGUCCAAGAAAACCCAGCGACAAUCGAAGAAAACGAGCCUGCUUUGAAUGGGGCGUUGGAUGAAGGAGAAGAGCGAGGUCGUCUAUUCGUCAAGGUCGUUGGGAUGAAGUAUCUAGAUCUGCCGCUCCCACGAGGCGAGAGAUCGUACUUCUCUCUGACCCUCGACAACGGCCUUCACUGCGUUACUACGGCUUGGUUGGAACUCGGAAAGACAGCCCCGGUCGGGCAGGAAUUCGAAUUGAUUGUGCAAAACGACCUAGAGUUUCAGUUGACUUUACAGAUGAAGGUCGAUGAUGAAAAAUUCAGAGUCCAAGAGCCUCCUCCAACAGCAUCGCCCGCGCGACAGAAAACGUCCACUUUCAGCAGGGUGUUUGCUUCCCCUCGCAAGCGAAAGGAAUUGGACAUGAAACACCAACUGGCUUCCCAACAGCAGAAGAGUAAAGAUGUCAACGCAGGUGUCUGGGAGCGCCUCAGAACUCUGAUUGCUAGAGACGGUAGUUUCGCUCGUGCAUAUGUAGCGCUGAGCGAUCAUGAAAAACAUGCUUUCGGCCGCCCUUACACGGUCGAUGUGGCCUGCUUCAAUGAAUGGGCCGUUGAAGACCAGCCAAGCAGUGUUAAGAGCAAGAAGAGUACCUCUAGCGCUACUUCCCAACGGCGGCCUCCGUACAAGAUUGGCAAGCUAGAGCUGCAGCUGUUGUUUGUCCCCAAGCCAAAAGGUGCGAAGGAUGAUGAUAUGCCGAAGAGCAUGAACGCUUGCAUUCGAGAAAUGCGUGAAGCGGAGAGUGUUUCAUCCCGUAGCUGGGAAGGAUUCUUGUCUCAGCAGGGAGGCGACUGUCCCUUCUGGCGUCGCCGCUUCUUCAAACUCCAAGGCUCCAAAUUGACCGCAUAUCAUGAGACCACCCGUCAGCCUCGUGCGACAAUCAACCUCUCAAAGGCCGCCAAGCUUAUCGAUGACAGAUCGUCCUUGAUGCAGAAGGAGACCACAACCAAGGGCGGUGGACGUCGCAAGUCUGCCUUUGCCGAAGAGGAGGAGGGUUACAUGUUUGUGGAAGAAGGAUUCCGUAUCCGCUUCGGCAACGGCGAAGUGAUCGACUUUUAUGCGGAUAGUGCCGCCGACAAGGAAGGCUGGAUGAAAGUAUUGGCCGACGCUGUGGGUAAGGGCUCUUCGGGAAGCAGUCAAGUUAAGCAGUGGACCGAGCUCGUACUCAAGCGUGAGCGGAGCGUCAAGACGAGACGGGAAACGACGGAUCGACGUUUCGAUGGGCCUCCUCCCCCACCCGUCAAAAAAGAUAAAGAUCUUGCGCCUCCACCGACAUCCACGGCGCCGGCGCCGGCAGCCGCACCGCCACGAGCUAAGCAUCGCUACACCCAGUCGCAACCCGAAGUUCGCAGUGCGGACACUCGACGCCAGAAAGCGCGCUCCUUGAUUUUCUAAACCCGCCAACUGGUUGGAUUGACUUCUACCCGUCUUUGAAUCUUCUUCUGUGUUACAACUUGUCAUAUUGGCCUUGUCUUCUCAUCCUUCUAUUGUGCAUUCUUGAUUUGUUUGCUCUUUCUUUUGUCU